UGGUUUGUUGGGAGUUGCAUUGUGGGUCCCUGAAAUUGAUCCAGUAAAUUGGAGAUGGCGCUGUGUACAGUGAAUGAGUUAGCAGCCAAAGUUUGGAGAGCACAGGAAAGUUAGUUGGAGAAGCGAUCUGCGAUUCGCAUUGCAGAUAUUUCCAGCAUAAAUGAAAUUUGAACACUGCUAUCCAGAGGACAAGAACAGAAAUAGAUUACAACAUUCUCUGUCAUAACUUGCGAAUUGUAUUCUUCUGGAAAACGCAGUUGCUUUGAUAAAUCUUAUCAGUGAUUGCUGCUACAUGGGUUAAAUUAAUAAUGUGCAUUUUGAAUGCAAUACCUUAGGACAGCUGCGGGACAUUUGUGCACUUUUUUGUAAAACGGCAUUAACUGUAUUUAAAAUGAAAUAUCGACUAGGAAAACACCUCUGAUUUGAAUGAAAAAAUGAACGACCCCCGAGUUGAUAAAGACUUUACACCGAUCUCCAGAAAACACCGACUCAUGGCCGCUGUUCUAGCCGGGGAAGAGAGCGCUUUACCCGGUAACAGUUCCAGAUCGGACCGUAAUGGCAUUGGGAUAGUUUAUUGCUUCAUUUGUGGUGGGGGUGUAACUCCUGGAAAAGAACUGAAACUUCAAGUUAAUUACCAGAUAGAGAACUUUCCGUUUUUCCCGUUUUUACAGCACCAGGAGCCAGCGCCGGGGGCUGAAGAAGUGACCCCAGAUGGAUGUGUCACAGUGUGCGCCGUGUGUCAGAGUUUUCUCGGGGAGCAGUGGAACUCCUUUGAAAGGACCAGGACCCCUAUAGAAAAGCGAAUGUACUGGCUGAAAAGACCCUAUCAGUGUGACUCAAGAAGGAUUCCCCAAGAAUGGAACACCUCCUACGACCUGGAAAGAAGGAUGAGCGUGAGUAGCCAAAAUUUUGACGCACGUGAAUCGGACUUUUCAUCCCUGUCUGAUAACGAAAAUAUGUCCGAUCAAGAGCUUGAUUUUGUUGACAGACCAGUCAUGCACAAAGAAAAGUGCACCAUAAUGCCCUCUAGCAACAAAACUUCUAAAGAAGGAGUUACAAAAUAUAACGACAUAAAAAGUUGCCAUGAUUCUCAGAUGGGAACGCGUUACCUUGUUGGUGGUUACGCCGCCCAGGACGCACAGAAAUCGGAUAGUGCUCUUCAGCCGGGCCGCUCUGUGCAAAGUAUGAAUCACGCAGCUCAAGCAUAUGUAUCGCUGGCUCACUUCCAGGAAUGCCUUCCACAGCGGUCCUAUGACACCCCUUCUUCCGAGACACCUGUGCAAGACAACGGAAUCAUUAUACGCAACAAGCAGCGGCUACCAGAGGAGAAUGCCAAGCAUCCAGACUCUCGCCAGCAUACUUUCGAUAGCAGCUGUAGUACUCGGGAUCCCCUUGUCAUGUUACAAAGUCAUAAAGUAGCAGCCGCUUCGUUAUCACCUGUCGGCGCAUUGAACGUUUCAGACCGCGGCGGCUAUUCCGACUCAGACAAUGAAAUAAACAUAACCAGCGAUAAUGAACAAGAAAAAGUGUUUGAUAUCACAAGCAGCAGGGAGCAUGUAAUAGCGCUCAACAGACAGAUAAGGGAGACUGGCAGUGUAAUAGCAAAGUCCCUGAGUAACAGCAAUGCGGUGGAGUGUGCCUGCUAUAUCUGUGGAAGUAAACUAUCCCAAAAUAACCAGCAUAAAGUGUACGUGCAGAAGCAGGAGAGAAUCUCAAGUCAGCCCUUUUUUCCCUUUCUGUGGCUCCAUAGCCCGCCCCCAGGGGCCUUGCCUCUCAGCCCAGGUGGGUGCACCCUGGUAUGUGAUUGCUGCCAUUCCUCCCUCAUGCAGCAGUGGCAGGGCUUUGAGUUGGCUAAUGUGCCAGUUCUGCAACGCCUAUAUGUGGUCCCCUUGAACGCUGGCACUUCAGGGUUGGCACCCAGAGACAGCGAAAACCACAAGCUGGAGAAAGCCGCGGCUCGUGAAGCUUGCUACCUGUGUGGCGAAGACUGCUGCAGAGAUCUUAAAGUGACCUAUUCCAAGGUUUUCAAUAGCAACCCAAGUACUAUGCACUUUCCCUUCAUAAAUCUACUGCCAUGCCCUCCCAAUGCCAAAGCUGUUAAGAACGGGAAGGUACACUGCUGUCAGACAUGCUUUAGCAUUUUAGAGGAUAUAUGGGUAACUUACAAAGCAUGUCUAAGUGAGGAGCUUAUCACCUCAGUUAAUAGCUUUUUGAGUCGGUACCACCAGGCUGUCCCAGGGGCAGCAACCCAGUCAAGUAGCCUGAGCCACCAGUCUUCCAGAAUGGGCCACAUCUCGGUUUGUUACCUAUGCGGGGUAGAGCUACCAGCAGGAAGGGAGUUUCAGCUCAGUGUGAACCCACCGGGCCGGUGUGGAGAGAGGGAGCCUUUCUUCCCCUUUUUGACUGUCCAUCCUCCCGCACCCAUGUCCAAGCCUGCUGACUCCACUGGCCUGGUGUCCACCUGUGUGCUGUGUUACCACGACCUGUUAGGCCAAUGGGUUCAGCAUGAAGGCCGAGGCAGCCAGCCAACCAGCAGCCCAUGGUCCAGGCAGUACGGCGUGGACACUUUUGUGUGCUUCUUCUGCAGACAGCAGAAGAAAAGGUGCCUGGGCUUAAAAACGGUGCAAGUGGCUCGGCUGCCGGUCUUUCUGUACGCUCCUCGGGUGAGCAAUGCUCUGGUGGUGGAUGAUGGGAAAAAAUUGACCAUUGGAUCUUGUGUGGAUUGUAAAGCUGUGGUAUUGGCUGGCCAAAACAUGAAGCAAAACUGCCUCGUGGACAGCGUCUCUCCUCCUGGGAGACACAAGCCUUCCUCUUCUGCCCUCGAGGUGGCGUCAGUGAGCAGGAAGCCCCCUGAGGCGGGUGUGUUCAACCCAGUGGGAGAGUCCAGUGAAGGAGCGAAGCCUGGGAGGUCAGGGGUCAACGUGGAUGCUCCCCCCCCCAUCACUUUGGAUGCAGAGAGCAUCGAUCACCAGCGUACAAGCAUGAGCCAUGAGCCAAAGUCACCUUCAUUAGGAAUGAUCUCAACCGCGACUCGGACCACCGCCACAGUGAGCCCCCUGACCCCGUCCCCUCUCAGUGGCUCCAUUGUGCCCAAUGGCAGCCCUGCCGCCAACAGCGCUCUGUCCAUCCAGUCGGCGCAUUCCUCCAGCUUUGCUGCCGCGCUCCGCAAACUCGCCAAACAAGCUGAAGAGCCAAGAGGGUCGUCGAUUAGCAGUGAGUCUUCCCCGGUCUCGUCUCCAGCCACCAAUCACAGCUCACCAGCCAGCACGCCCAAGCGGGGACCCAUGGGUCCCAUCAUCGUUCCCCAGGGGUGCCACAGCGUGCCAAGCACCCCUCCCGUGGUCACCAUUGCGCCUACCAAAACAGUCAAUGGGCUGUGGAGGAGCGAAGGCCGACAGGCGGAGUCAGGGUCUCGAGGAAGCAGUCGGGAUCGUCUAGGCCCAGAGCACGCCCAGCAGCAGGAGAAAGGGGGCCCCUCGGUUCCGGCCCACCUCAUCGGGAACCCCUACACCUUCGGACUGAACCCCAACUCUGUUGUUCAGGACCCACGCUUCCAGCCUCUCAAUAGCCUCCCUCGGCAGGUGCAUCAUGUGGUCCCCCCUGCUAGCGUCCCCGAGGAUUACCUUCGCGGCUUCAGACCCUACCCCAUACCCGAGGACCUCAGGAUGUCAUCGAUGCCACCCUUGGGCUUGGAUCCUGCCACUGCUGCUGCCUACUACCACCCCAGCUAUCUCGCCCACCCACCCUUCUCUGCAUAUAGGAUGGACGACUCGUUCUGCCUGUCAGCCCUGAGGUCUCCCUUCUACCCAAUGCCGGCGCCAAGCGCCAUGCCCCCCAUGCACCCCUCAGCGGUCCACAUGCACCUGCCUGGAGUGAGGUACCCCGGAGAACUGUCCCACUCCUCCCUGUCUGCACUGCAGUCCGAGCGCAUCUCUGAGAGGCUCCAGAUGGAGGACGAGCUGCGGCAGCGUGAGAGGGAGCGUGAGAGAGAACGGGAGAGGGAGCGGGAGAAGGAGAGAGAGCGUGAGGUGGAGCGGGAGAAGGAGAGAGAGCGAGAGCGUGAGAGGGAGAGAGAGAAGGAGCUGGAGAGAGAGCGGGAGAAGGAGAGGGAGCGAGAGAGGGAGCGUGAAAGGGAGAAGGAGCGGGCUCGGGAGAAGGAGCUGCAGGCCUCCAAAGCCCUUGAGAACCACUACCUGGCUGAGCUGCACGCCCUGCGUGGCCAACCAGCCGAGGACCGAGCCAAACCAGCGGAAAAACUGACGCCAAACCGGCCUGAUAAAGCCAAGGAACCUGCACUGCCAGCACCCAAGCCAGUGCAGCCAGGUCUCCACCCGGCGUCCGUCCCUUCGACCCACCUCCCCGUGCCCAGUCUCAUCUCCAGCCACAGCGGCUUCCUGCCACAUGCUGGGGUACCAGGACUGGUAGGUGGUCCCUCGGGGGCCCUGGCAACAGCCUUGCUCCUGCAACGCACCAACGAGGAGGAGAAGUGGCUGGCCAGGCAGAGGAAGAUGCGGCAGGAGAAGGAGGACCGCCAGUUUCAGGUGUCCGAGUUCCGCCAGCAGGUCCUGGAGCAGCACCUAGACAUCGGGAGACCGCCCGAGGGAGACCCGUGGAGUGAUGGCCAUCGACCUGUCCACGAAUCGAUGAUGCGGGAACAUCUUCAGCAUCUGGGGGCCCCACCGCCUCUCAUCUCCCCCAAACCCCAGCACCCCCCUCCCUCCACCAUGCUGUGGAAUCCUGCCUCCUUCGUUGACAGCAACCCUGAGCCACGUCGGGCCCACGAGCCCCUGCACCCUGGUCACUAUGAGCACGCCCGGCAGGCCCUGUCCCUGGUGAAGGGGGAGAGGCUCUACAGCUCCGAGAAGCUUGAUGAGAGCGCCAAGAGGAAGGAGAUGACGGAGAAGUACCAGCCCACCCGGGGGCCAGGCGCCCAUGAGCAGGGGGGGCAUUCCUACGGCACCUUCUUAGCAGAGCUGGAGAAAUCAGCACAGACCAUCCUGAACCAGCAGAGGGCAUCCCUGUCGCUGCCCAGCCAGUACAGCGAGCUGAGUGCCUCACACAAGGCCAGCUCCUCUCCCUACCGGAGCCACCAGGGGGCGCCACCAGGCCCUGACCCCAUGCUGGUCUACGAUGAGUUCCUGCAGCAGCACCGCAGGCUGGUCAGCAAGCUAGACCUGGAGGAGAGGAGGAGGAGAGAGGCCAGUGAGAAAGGCUAUUACUACGACUUGGAUGACUCCUAUGAUGAAAGCGAUGAGGAGGAGGUGCGAGCUCACCUUCAACGAGUCGCCGAGCAGCCGCCACUCAAGCUCGACGAAUCCUCCGAGAAGACUGGCUUCUUGCAGGUGUUUGGUCUGACGACUCGCUCUCACAAGGAGGAUCUGCUGGAGCAGAAGAGGCGGAAGAGGAGGAGGAUGCUGAGGGAACGAAGCCCCUCCCCCCUAGCCAUACAGAACAAGCGGCAGACCCCUCCUCCUCCUCUCAGCACGCGCUACACCGCCGACCAGAUGAACUGCAGCGCGGAGCUCGAGGAGAAGAAGAGAUUCCUCACCAUGUUCAGCCUGUCGCACGUUAACACCCACCAGAGAAAAGACAAUGAAAAAGUGGUGGAGCUGCUGCAAGCAAUAAAACAGAAGGGUGCGACUCUGGAUUCCAUCAAGCACUCCCCUCGCUCCCUCUGCAAGAGCCCUGCAGCUCCUCCCACUGUGGACCAGACAACAUUUCACCCACUCUCAGACUGUGAGACGCCACCCAGUGCCAGAGCAAGCACUCCUUCCCUUCCUGACGCCCAGAAAGCCAUGGACACUAGCAGGCCAGAGCAGCUCCAACCGUCCGAAGUGCCCAGACCAAAGGAAGCGGCAGCAGCAGCAGUAGCGGUAGUACCUACAUUCUCUGGUGGGGAUAAGGCCAGGCUGGGCGAGGGCCAUGCUGUGAAGAAGAACACCAGCCUCCUGAACAGCAUUCGGGCACAGAAUGCACCCAAGGAGGCCCCCCACAUCCAGAAUGGCAGGAGCAAGCCCUGGGAGAGCUUCACAGCAGAGGAGUUUGCCCACCAGUUCCACGAGUCAGUGCUGCAGUCCACACAGAAGGCCCUGCAGAAACACAAAGGAUCUGCAGCAAGACAGAUAUCCGAGCCAAAUCACAAGCUUGACUCUUUGGUCCAUUACAACAUUCCUGAGCUGCAGUCUUCUGUCAGGGCACCCCAUCCGCAGCACAACGGACAGCAUAACACCAUUGCGGCACGGAAAGAGUUAACCGUGGUGCGGGAGGAAGAGUCUGAGGAGGAAGAGGAGACCGAAGAGGAGGAGGAGGAGGACGAAGAAGCUCCUCGACCAAAAUGGCAGGGAAUCGAAGCCAUCUUCGAAGCUUACCAGGAAUAUAUUGAUGAGCACAGUAUCGAGCGGCAGGUGCUGCAGAGCCAGUGCAGGAGGCUGGAGGCUCAUCACUACAAUCUCAGUCUAACUGCAGAGCAGCUCUCGCACAGCAUGGGGGAGCUUAUGUCCCAGAAACAAAAGCUGGCCUCUGAAAGGGAGAAGCUUCAGGCUGAACUGGACCACUUACGAAAGUGCCUUGCACAACCACAGAUGCACUGGUCAAGGGGAUACUUCAAGGGGUACCCCCCCAGGUGACAUCCCUCCUACCCCAGGACCCCAGAGUAGCAAAAGAGAGUCUAUUUUAUUACCUGGAUUAUUUAAAAAAAAAGAAUUUCCACAGAGAAGGACUGAAGCUACAACAACCCGUGAAUGUGCCAUGCAUGAGCAAGACACUCCACAACCGUGUAUUAACUGGCAGAUCUGAACACACUUUAGUAACAGGAAAUACUACAGUUAAAAAAAAAAAAAAAAAAAAAAAAAAAAACCUAAUCUCUACAUGAAACUACCUUCUCAAAAUGCUUGCAUCCAAAUGUAUCAACGCUCACUCUGUGUCACGUGACUUUGAGCCAGCACCCUAUUAUAAGUAUGUCCUCCUUUUUUUGUUGCCAUAGUAUCUCAGUAUAAAGAGGCCUAGAUGGAUUUGGUUCUAGAGGAUUAAAACUUGGUACAAUGCAACAAAGUAAAGGAAAUGGAUAUAUUUGAAAACACUUGAAGACAACCACCCCUAGCUUCUCUCUGGUAAAUUAAUAUAAUACUAGAAUACUUGAGACUUUCAUCUUCUCCAAAUGGGCUUUCCACUGGAAAUGCACUUAAGAAACAACUGAAGAAUAAACUUGAGUUACUGUGUUACAAGCAACACCCUUUUCAGUUAAAGAAGGAAUAAAUGCGCAUUUUGGAAAGAUUUAAAAAAAAAAGGCAAUGUUUUAUUACAAAAUAAACAUUUUGGAAAUAAAAGAAGAAAAAAGAAAUGCUUCAGCCUUGUAAUGUACAUAAAAUUAAAUAAUUUUGUAUGUUUUUAUUACUUUUAAUUAUUGAUAUUUAAAAAAAAAACAAAAAAAAAAAAAAACAGCCUGCCAUUUAAUGUUAAUGCUUUUUAGCAACAAAAAAAAAAAAUGCUUUUAGUGUUUGUACUGCUGCUGGUCAGGAUAAAAAAAAUUGUGAAGUGUUUUAAAAAGAAAACAAUCUUUUUUUUUUCUGGUGCAUGAGCUCUCACCUCUGUCUGUGUUGCACCAGUCAAAGAUUAUUGUUAAAGACAUGCAUUACAGCCUUCCUUUCUUCCUCCUGUCAUUUAAUACAUUUGAAGAAGUAAACCAAACAAGCCCCUUGUACGAUUCAACAAAUGCAGAAGAGUUGACAUCUCUACAAAUACCUUGCUUCCACAAAGCCAUGCAAAGUAAGAGAAUGUUAGGCUAGCAUGAGUCUGUUCCCAUCUAACCCAAAGCGCUAGAGCACGUACUGGGAAACGGCUUUGCUAUCUGGUACUGCGUUGUCAUACUGCCACUGCAGCAGCACAAAUACAGUUUCUACACCCCAGACCUGUAUACAUAUCUUAGGACUCAAAACAGCAACUAUUUAAUUAGUUAACUAAUGGUGAUCUUUCUGUCCAGUUAAUGCUGAGAGAGCUAAUUAAUAUACUGAUGAAAUGAUCACUUCCAUUGAAAACAGACAACAGAAGCACAAACACCUUAAACCCAUCAUUACCAAUCCAGUUCAUACAUAGUCAUGCUGUAAAACCCAGCAUCCGAACUGAAAAGGGCAAGGUUAUUUUUUUUUGUGUGUGUGUCUUUUUAAAAUUGUUGUAAACUGCUGCCUGCCUGGAUAACAAAAUGUUUCAAACGCAUGUUCUGGUUAAUACAGUGACGAUUUCAAGAGAGCUGUUGAGGUAGCCAGGUUAGUUCAGGGGUCGCCUGCUUUUGAAAGCUGAUAUUUAUUAGGCAUGCUGCCUGCUGCAUGGACAGCUCAGUGACAUUACAGGCAUUUAAUGUUCCAUUAGUGAGAAGGGCCCAGCCUACACACUGUGCUUAGGACAGAUGUGUAGGAACUGGGUGCCUAUUAAGGUUUGCUGAUAUAUAUCUCAAAAAGUGUAAAACGUUUCUAUCAAACCACAGUAAACAAAUCCCCAGCAGCCACCUGAUUUUCACAUUUUCUAACAAAAAGCUUAACGGUUCCAAAUUGUAAUCAAUUUCUAGCAUUUUUUUUUUUUUUUUUUUUUAAAUCGGUGUUGAAUAGGUGAGCAAAUAAUUCCACAGCACUUGAAAAAGUGGAUUCUUUUUAGACACUUCAUCGCAGUUCUCUUUAGAAGCCACCAGAAACAACACACACACACAGAGUAAACAUUUACACUCUUAAAACAGCACUCCUCCUUUGUGUGAAUUAUUGAUUAUUUCUUUUAAAUCAUUCUGGGCAGUUGUGAGACUGCCCUUAAGCUGUCGGUGUAGGUCAUGUCUAAACAAACGGUAAGAUCCCCCACAUACUGGAAGCAAAAAAAAAACAAGCAAUCAAUACCCAACCAACACUUUUUAUUAAUAUUUAAUUCGUGGCCUUUCAAAUAUGUGAAUCAUGCCCCAUGACCUCUCAGUCUCCAAUUGGGGGCCAAAACCACCAGUGUUAUGUGAUCAGAAUGUUGUGGUUAAAAUUAGCCCUUAAUAAACAGAUUGGCCAUAUGUUCAAACCUAUGGGGUGCUAAUGCAUUUUGAUAAUGCUGUGUCUUUUUGGUCCAGUUCAAUAAGUAUCUCAGUAACCCCCAGUGGUUAAUGUCUGGGUAAACUCACCCCCUUGUACUUUUCAAAACCGACAGACAAAAGAAAAUCUUGUACAAUCUUAAUGUACAGCUUUAGACAUAAACAAGAUAAAAAAAAGUUGUGUUUUUUUGUUUUGUUUUUUUCUUCAGGUCUAACAUGGUGUUUCAGAUCAUGUAGCGUUCUGACACUCCAGCCCCAUGUCAGAAUGUCAAAAGGCUUCUGUGAUCCUGCUGCAAUAAGGGAGGGGGGGUGUUAUGCAGUGCCAAAUAACCACUGGGUGCAUUCUGUAGGUUUCUGUGCUUACUCCUGGCAAGCCCUAGGAUUUUUUUCCUUUUUUAUAUCAUUUUUUAACAAGGCAGCUCCACACUCGCUGACUGCAGGCUUUCGAUGUUAAAAUCCUGUACAGAAUGAGACUAGCCCUCUGAUCAGAGCAUGUGCAGCUAACACCUAUUCAGAAACCACCUUCGGAGUGCUUGUGUGUUUUAACACAGGAUCUCUCUCCGGGCUCAUCCUUCAACACCAUAAGCCCGAUACUGUUUGUGCUAAUGUUAUUUAAAUAGAAAAUUGACCUUUUGUGUGCAAAUGCUGUUUCUAAUUGGAUAAAGUGCAGAACAUAUUUAUUAUUCAUAGCUUAGCAGGGUUUCUACAAUUCCAAAUGAACGUUAAAGAAAGGAUUUUUCAGUUUUGGGUAUGUGGAUAUUUAAUGUUUCUUUGCUGCUAUUCUUGGAAUUUCACGCAUUUGUUGUAAAUAGUUUUUUUAGAAGCAGUUCUAAAUGGUUAGUUUUAAGGAUGCAAUGCUUGUACUACAAGAACAUGAGAAAUGACUAUAAUAUCUGGGGUGUAUCCACCAGAGGGCUUCUUAACCAACUGUCACUCCUGUACAAGAAAUAUGUUUGGCUGACAACCAAUCCAUGCAAAAAGAUGAGUUUAUUCUUUGUUACUACCAAGUGAACCUUUUAGGCCCAAACUAACCUACAGCCACAAACAAUUGGACACACUGUGGGAGAGGAAAGCUAAUGCACACUCAGAUGUAGGCCUUGCAUUUAAAAGGAAUUCCGAAGCAUUGUAGAGAAUCCAUAUGCCAGUUGUAAAAAUGGUCACAGCACCACACUAACAUCAAAAUGGCUCCCUCUCUCCACACCUUCCACAAUUGACUGUAGACUGAAGUAUAGGAACAUCUCAUUCAUUUUGAAAACUCAUUAUUCCCAAAGGGUUUUAAUGGACAUAAUGCUCCUGAUUGGCAACUAUGCUGGUUUAAUGUUAAGAAUGCAUUCUAAGAACGUGCCUCAGAAACAAUUUGACACCCCAUGCUUCCAUUAUGUGACAGUAAAUGCAGUACUUGACAGCAGCCCCAUUGCAAUGUCUUUUGUACUCCAAGCCUAAUUGACAAAGAACAAUUUUAACAGGUGUAAUCACGGCUUUCUAUAAAGACUUGAGAUUCUGUCACGGCAAUCAAACGCAUGGUAUGUUUUAAAGCAAUUUCUCUUAAUAUAUAGAAAUGCACAAUGAAAUAUUUUCUUUGAUUGGUCUAUAUUAAUGGUAGUUUUGCUUGUUAUGCCAAUUACUCUCCCACCCCCUUAUGUGAGGAAGAAGGAUGGUCAUUCCCGCCCCCCCCCCAAAAAAAAAAAUUAAAACACACAUUUAAAGGGCCAGUUUAGACGCUGUGAAAAAAAAAAUAAAACAUGUUUUUAAGUGUACUGGUUUGAAUUAAAUUGUAAUGUAAUAUAUUCUUUGUUGAAUGUAGUGUUUAGGUAUUUAUGAAUAUAUUGCUGUAAUUGCAGACAAAAAAAUACAACAAUAAAAAUCUUGCAAAAUGUCAAAACAAUG